AUGGACCCCGUGAGCCAGCUGGCCUCAGCGGGCACCUUCCGGGCGUUGAAGGAGCCCCUUGCCUUCCUGCGAGCCCUGGAAUUGCUUUUUGCAAUCUUUGCAUUUGCAACAUGCGGUGGCUAUUCCGGAGGCCUGCGGCUGAGUGUGGACUGCGUCAACAAGACCGAAAGUAACCUCAGCAUUGACAUCGCAUUUGCCUACCCGUUCAGGUUGCACCAGGUGACGUUCGAGGUGCCUACCUGCGAGGGAAAGGAACGGCAGAAGCUGGCACUGAUCGGCGACUCCUCGUCUUCGGCAGAGUUCUUCGUCACUGUCGCUGUCUUCGCCUUCCUCUACUCUUUGGCUGCCACUGUCGUUUACAUUUUCUUUCAAAACAAGUACCGGGAAAAUAACCGGGGCCCACUCAUUGACUUCAUUGUCACUGUAGUCUUUUCGUUCCUGUGGUUGGUGGGUUCAUCAGCUUGGGCGAAAGGACUGUCUGAUGUCAAGGUUGCAACAGAUCCCCAAGAAGUGUUGUCACUGAUGUCAGCUUGUAAGCAAACAUCCAACAAAUGCAUGGCUGUGCACAGCCCUGUUAUGUCCAGCUUAAACACUUCUGUGGUCUUCGGAUUUUUGAACUUUAUCCUCUGGGCUGGAAACAUAUGGUUUGUUUUCAAGGAGACCGGCUGGCAUUCCUCGGGACAGAGAUAUCUUUCAGACCCAAUGGAGAAGCAUUCUAGCAGCUAUAAUCAAAGUGGUUACAACCAAGACAGCUAUGGGUCAAGCAGUGGGUAUAACCAACAGGCAAGUUUAGGGCCAUCUUCGGAUGAGUUUGGCCAAGGCCAACAGCCUAGUGGCCCCACUUCCUUUACCAAUCAAAUUUAA